UCCCGUAAACGACGCAUGUGUGUGGUGAUACAAACCACCCCGUCUUCAGCGCUUUGUGAUCGCCAUCCACCUCUCAUCCAAAUGAUCCUUCCAUUAUUACUCCUGCUUGCAUCGCUUCUCCAACACUAUGGCUCGGAAGCUGAAUCAAGUCAUGUCAGCAAGUUUCACCUUCCAAGUGUGAAGGAGCAGAACGGAGUGCAAGAUUCCCAUCAGGAGAAGAUCAUAACAGUGUCUGGAGAGGGAAUGGUCCAGAGCCCUGACUUCCCAAACACUUAUCCAAGGAGUACUGAGCUGGUCUGGAGACUCGUGGCGAACAGUAAUAUGAGGAUCCAGCUCACCUUUGAUGAGAAGUUUGGACUGGAGGACCCUGAGGAUGGAAUAUGCAAGUACGACUUUGUGGAGAUAGAGGAUCCAACUGAGAAAACCAUCCUGGGUCGCUGGUGUGGGUCACAGUCUGUACCAGCUGGUCACACUUCCAAAGGCAGUCAGAUCCGCAUCCGCUUCAUCUCUGAUGAGUACUUCCCCUCAGAGCCAGGAUUCUGCAUCCGUUACUCCCUCCUGCCUGUGAGUGAAUCAGAACCAGAGGUCCCUGCCGUUCCCCCUCCAUCCCAGCAAGGUAUUGAGGAGCUGUCAGAGGCUGUUGCAGGGCUGGGCACCAUGGAGGAGGUCAUGAAGUACCUGGAGCCGGAGCGAUGGCAGGUGGAUAUGGAGGAGUUGUACAAACCUACAUGGCAAGUGUUGGGGAAGUCCUUCGUCCUCAAUAAGAAAGCCAAAGGAGGAGUUGAUCUCAAUCUGUUGAGGGAGGAAGUUCGACUGUACAGCUGCACUCCCCGUAAUUUCUCCGUGCCCUUGCGAGAGGAGCUGAAGAGGACAGAUGCAAUUUUCUGGCCGAGCUGCCUCCUGGUGAAGCGCUGUGGUGGGAAUUGUGCCUGCUGCUCUCACCGCUGCUACGACUGCCAGUGUGUCCCCACCAGGGUCACUAAGAAAUACCAUGAGGUUCUACUGCUGAAACACAGAAGCGGUAUAAGAGGCCUGCAGAAGUCCCUGACUGAUGUGCCCUUGGAGCACCACGAGGAGUGUGCCUGUGUGUGUAAAGAUGACUCGGACUGACCUUGGACAUGUGUAAUAGCUGCCGCAAGAACAACACAGGAUGUUUGAAAUGAACCUCUGCCACUGUUGCAUUGUUCUGUAUCUCAUCCUUUUCCACCGGGAGCUAACACGAUUCUCCUUUUAUCCUGUUGUCCUUUUACUGAUUGGAUUAAGCAGAACAGACUGGAAUCUAAUAAAUCUCCUGAAUGGAUUGGGCUGCUGUGGGACGCUAAUUGUGUGCUCUGGGUGCAUUUAAGAGAGACGAAAAGUCAGUGAAGCAGUUGUGGACUAUUACCUAUGAGCUCGGAGGACUAUAUUCUGCAGCUUCUCAGAGAUAAGAACACCAAGACGCUUUUGCCUCUUGUUCUUAAGGUCUUUUUUAAAGUUCAGCCGGUGUGGGCUGAUACUGUCACAGAAAAUGGGAGCUUCUUUGUUCAGCUACUUUUUUUAUGUCUAUAAAUGAGCUGGCUCCAGCUGCCUCACUCCCCCAGCCCCUGUAUUAUUACCAUCAAGGCAGAGAAAGGUGCUUAUUCAUGAGCAGUGUUCCUUCACUCCCCUUUGUUGUCACCAUAGAUUUAAUCUGAAAUGCAGUCAAGACAUCACUGAAAGCCUUUCCAAUAAGACUGUAUUCUGUGUAAAUAUGUCAUUUACAUGUCUUUUCUAUUCAAUCAUGCUUUUUCUACCAAAGACUCUCAAAGAGAAGAUAAAAGUUGUUCACAGAAUUGGUUUGGGAUUGUUUGUUACAACUCUUCACUCAGCCCAGCUCAGAUCUAUCAGUCCUGCUUUCUUCAGGAACGCCUAGCUUCAAGCACUUCUCUCCAUGUUUGAGAUUGUUCAUAUUCAGUAUUUAUUGCUUAAUGAAAGGGAAACUUAGGUCCAACAUGUCUUAUUUUCUACAUUUGUCACUGUGCAGUAGUAUUAGCCUGCAGUUUUCAUUGUUAGUCCUUUUACAUUGCCAAUGUGUCAUGGAUGUUUUUUUGUUAUUUUCUGUAUCCCAAAGUUAUUUAUCUUUACUUUUGCAACAAGUGUUUGUGUACUUCAUUUUUUCUGAACGUCAAAAAUAAAUUCUUCCAUUUCUUA